UUUCACGGACGAGAACUGUUACACAUUCGCGUACGGCGCAAAGACACAAUUUGGUAUUUUCCGCAAGCCAGCCAGCCAGCCAGCCAGCCAGCCAGCGUAUCGCGCGUGCCAGAUUCCGCGGAACGCGAACGUGCCGGAAUUGCCGUAGUUUCGUGGUAUCAAACAGCCCUUUCAAGCGAUGGACUACGCCGGCCUCCAUCGGACCGACACCUGUCGGAGGACAUCGGAUACGUCAUAUACUCCGCCCUGGGCAGCUUCUACAUCCCAUCGUGCAUCAUGGUGUUCGUGUACAUACGCAUAUACUUCGCCGCGAAGGCUCGGGCGCGUCGCGGCAUCCGGAAGCAGCCGCGUCCGCGCACGGCGGUGCCGCCGGAAUCGCCGGACGUCAGGCAGACCAGUUUCACUCAGAGCACGCCGGCGACCGACGCCAAGAAACCUCCGGGAUCAGUCAUGGAAAACGUCGCGACGAUCGAGAAUCAGCCGGUCCAGAUACCGAUUGUCACGUGCGACUUGGCCAGUGACGUCAGCACGUCCGAAGCUGAUCCCGGCGGAGGGAUCAGUAUACCGAUGGAGGAGAAGGACACGCUCAAGGUGAGCGCGCCGGUGCAGACGCAGAAGAGCAGCCUGAAGGCGACCCUGUCGGUGAACGGGGACGGUCAGUCGGGCGGACAGAGCGUGCCGGCGCGAUGCCGGGCGCCGAGCGUCGGCAUCGACGUCGACAUGGUGUCCGAGUUCGACCCUUCGUCGUCGGACAGCGGCGUGGUGUCGCGGUGCGGAGUGGUGAAGCCGCUGAAGCUGGGCCUCUGCCAGCCGAUCUUCGGCCGCAAGCACAUAGGUAAGUUGCGGAAGGAACACGGCGACGCGGCGCGACACCACGGCAAGGACGAGUCCGGCGGCGACGCGAAGGCGGCGAAGCCGCGCGAUCCCGAAAGGGAGAAGAGACGAUUGGCGAGGAAGAAGGAGAAGCGCGCCACGCUCAUCUUGGGCUUCAUAAUGGGCAGUUUCAUCGCCUGCUGGCUGCCCUUCUUCGUCCUCUACAUCGUCAAGCCGAUGUUCCCCGACUUCGAGAUACCGCCGCAGGCCUUCGUAAUCGCCUUCUGGCUCGGCUACACCAACUCGGCCCUGAAUCCCUUCAUCUACACGGUCUUUAACAAGGACUUUCGCCGCGCCUUCCGCCGGAUACUGUACAAAUGAGCGUUGCAGCCUAGCGUCGACCAAGAGGAGGGACGCUAACGGCUAAUGUACUACAUGCGCGCAGCGGAUGAAUGAGCGUUACACGUAAUUAAACGUACGUAUGUCGUGCGCAUGCAUACACAUACAUACAUACAUACAUACA